AUGAAGGCUCUCCUCUUUCUGGGGUUCCUCCUGCUUUCUGUCACUGUCCAGGCCAAGGUCUUUGAGCGAUGUGAGUUUGCCAGAGUUAUGAAAAAGCAUGGAAUGGAUAACUUCGAGGGAAUCAGCCUGGCAAACUGGGCAUGUAUGGCUCAGCAUAAAAGUCACUUAAACUCAAAGCUUAAAAGGAACUUGGGAGCCCGAGUCACCGUCUAUGGGAUAUUUCAGAUCAGUGGUAAACAUUGGUGUGAUGAUGGCAAAACGCCGAAACUGCCAAAUAAGUGUGGGAUCCCCUGCAGUGCUUUGCUCCAGGAUGACAUCACUCAAGCCAUACAAUGUGCGAAGAGGGUUGUGAGGGAUCCACAAGGCAUUAGAGCAUGGUUGGCUUGGAUAAGACACUGUCAACAUGAAGAUGUCACCCAGUACAUUAAAAACUGUGGAGUCUAACCGCUGUGUGCCUCCACCUCAGCUCACUCUGUCUCUUUCUCACUAUAGAAGUAGUUAUGGGAAAGGUCACAUUUCCUUGGUUCCCCCUUCAGACAAGCAGGCUUUUAUCAGAAACAGGAGCAACAUGGAGACUGUUUCCUAAGAGGCUUAGUGCUGAUUAAUGUGUUUACUGUUUUAUGGAAAGCCUCCAUUUUUCAGUUAGCCAAAGCAGCAGAUGCUGGUGACAGUGAUCUAGCAUUGAGUGUCACACACAUCUCUGUACAUCAGUUCUUCACCUAUGAAGUAAUUCACAUUAAGUUUCAUUGAAACUAAUCUUCAUCUCCCCACUGUUGGAUAGACAUACAGCAAAUAUGUAAGGAGACAGUAGAUCUUGGGUGAAAUGGCAGCUGUGUGAGCUCCCAGGCUCAACACCCAGACAGUUAAGAACAGCCACUGUGUGAGGUAAGGCUAGUUUUUAAGGAAACAGAACUCUUGAGUGGAUAGAACUGAGUCUGCCUCAACUCAGAAACUUGGUGUCAUGAUAUGUGUGACCUUUAUCUUAGAGUUGGCCCAUUCAUAGUGCUGAAAUCAAAUUCUUAACUCAUGUGUCAGUCUGUGUUAACUCUUCAGAGAAUGUUCCAUGCCUCUAGCUUAUCAUGAAGUAUUCAGGACAGAUUAGUCUCUGUGUUAGCCCUUAACUUUCUUACAGUACCUUCAUGUUUAUCAACUAACUCUGAGACACAUGAGCCUGUAUCAGCAAAACUAAGCAUAUUUG